CACACAACUAACAAGUGAGACAUGCUUUCUUUUCUGUAAGACUUUAACACUUCUUUGAUCAUAUUCCCUUCUUCAUUUUCACUAAGCCCACAAAGUCAUGGAGCAAAGACAGAUCUUUGUUCAUAUGGUGCUUUUGUUGUUUACGGUCAAUGUUAUAGCAAGUUAUGUCACUGUUAAAGCAGAAGUAGAAGGAUCCGAAUCAACUGAUAGGAUUUUGGAACUACCAGGGCAACCCAAGGUGUCGUUUCAGCAAUUUUCUGGCUAUGUUACUGUCAACAAGGUUGCUGGUAGAGCACUCUUUUACUGGCUCACUGAAGCACCCCAAAAUCCUCUCACCAAACCCCUUGUCAUUUGGCUUAAUGGAGGUCCAGGUUGUUCAUCAGUGGCAUAUGGAGCAUCCGAAGAGAUUGGGCCAUUUAGAAUAAAUAAAACAGCUUCUGGGCUAUACAUUAACAAAUUCGCAUGGAACACUGUGGCCAACCUCUUAUUCUUGGAAACUCCGGCCGGCGUUGGCUUCUCCUACACCAACCGCUCCUCCGACCUAUUCAACACCGGCGACCGCCGCACCGCCCAAGAUUCUCUGGAAUUCGUUGUUCAAUGGUUAGAACGAUUCCCGCGUUAUAAGAAUAGGGAACUUUAUAUCACUGGAGAGAGCUAUGCAGGCCACUAUGUCCCUCAAUUAGCUAAGGAAAUCAUGACAUAUAACACAAAAACCAAGCACCCCAUCAACCUCAAAGGAAUAAUGGUUGGAAAUGCAGUGACAGACAACUACUAUGAUAACUUGGGCACAGUUACGUACUGGUGGAGCCAUGCUAUGAUCUCCGACCAGACUUACCGGCAACUCAUUAGUACGUGUGACUUUCACCGGCAGAAGGAAUCUGAUGAGUGUGAAUCUCUAUAUAGCUAUGCCAUGGAUCAAGAAUUCGGAAACAUUGAUCAGUACAAUAUCUAUGCUCCUCCAUGCAACAACUCUGAUGGUAGCUUCUCCACCCACCACACCAUUCGGUUACCUCACCUUCCCCAUCUGUAUGUCACGUGGAAAUUUAUUUAUUCUCAGGCUGUUAGGAAAUUGUCUGGUUAUGAUCCAUGUACGGAAAAGUAUGCAGAGAUUUACUACAACAGGCCAGAUGUUCAGAAAGCACUUCAUGCUAACACAACCGGGAUUUCUUAUAAAUGGACUGCAUGCAAUGAGGUUUUGAACCGAAACUGGAACGAUACAGAUGUAUCUGUUCUUCCAAUUUAUAGAGAGUUGAUAGCUCACGGAGUGAGACUUUGGGUGUUCAGUGGGGACGUGGACUCGGUUGUGCCAGUCACAGCAACAAGAUAUGCCCUUGCACAGCUUAAGUUGUCUACUAAGACACCAUGGUAUCCUUGGUAUGUCAAAAAUCAGGUUGGAGGGUGGACAGAGGUGUAUGAAGGGGUAACAUUUGCCACAGUGAGAGGAGCAGGGCAUGAAGUUCCACUAUUCAAGCCCAGAGCAGCCCUUCAGUUAUUCAAAUCAUUCCUUGCAGGAAAGCCUCUACCAAAGUCCUAAAGAUUGAAAAACAAGAUGGUGUUAAGAAAAAGGAAAACGAAGGAACCAAAAAACCCAAAAAAAAAAAAAAGGAAAGAAAGAGGAAA